GUUGGAAUUGUGGGAAGAACAGGCGCCGGGAAAUCGUCGCUCAUAGCAGCAUUGUUCCGAUUGGCAAAGGUGGAGGGAAUCAUCGAGAUUGACGGCGCGGACACGGGUUCGAUAGCUUUGGAGGAUUUGCGACGCAAAAUAUCCAUCAUUCCUCAGGAUCCCGUUUUGUUCUCAGGCACUCUGAGACGUAAUCUAGACCCUUUCAAUGAAUUUCCCGACACAGAUUUGUGGGCGGCACUUGAAGAGGUUGAGCUGAAGGAAGCGAUUACUAUCGGAAACGGCUUGGAAAGUCACGUGUAUGACAGAGGCAGCAAUUACAGUGUCGGACAGAGACAGUUGGUAUGCUUAGCGAGAGCCAUCCUGAGAAACAAUCGUAUUCUGAUGCUGGACGAGGCAACAGCAAAUGUGGAUCCGCAUACCGACGCGUUGAUUCAACGGACUAUUAGGAAGAAAUUUGCGACGUGCACUAUGCUUACAGUGGCGCAUCGACUAAACACUAUAAUGGACAGCGAUAAGGUUUUGGUGAUGGAUAAAGGCCAUAUGGCUGUAAGCAUCAAUUUCCUUAAAAAGACAUUUUCUGUAACUUAAAUGAUAAUAUUAAAGUUUGCAAUUUUAGACUCUCUUUAGAUUUGGACAUUUGAGAACACAAAAAUUUGGAUUUUAAACAAAUCUUUUGUUUCUUGUUAUUUUUAUAUGAUUUCUUU